ACCCUAAUUUCAAAAUCUUGCAGCGACUUAAAGAAGCUCGAUCCUAAUGCAAAAAUUGGAUCACACCUGAUUGAUCCUGAGGGCGAAGGAGGUUUGCCGCCAUUUAAUGUCGUCUGUGACAUGAGUGACAAGGACGGUGUUGGCGUGACCGUUAUAAGUCACGACAGCGAGAGCCGGACAAUGGUGGACGGAUAUGAAGAACAGGGAUCAUAUUCACGUGACAUACACUACGAAGGAGCAAGCAUCUCUCCGCUGGUGAGCCUCAUCGACAUUUCCCAACACUGUGAGCAGUUCAUAAAGUACGAGUGCUAUGGUUCUAAAUUAAGAUAUGCCGCCUGUUGGGUUUCACGUGAUUCUGUGAAGAUGACCUAUUGUAGUGGUGCAACACCCGGAAGUCAUAAGUGCGCAUGCGGAUUGAACAACACAUGCGCACCACCAAGUGGCUCAGCAAAUAGCCCAGUCUACUGUAACUGUGAUGCGAAUGACAAUAAAUGGCGUGAAGAUAGUGGUUUCCUUACCAACAAGAUUCAUGUUCCAGUUAAGCAGCUGAGGUUUGGAGAUACAGGUUAUUACGGAGGACAAUAUGACGAGCAGGGCUACCAUACCUUAGGAAAGUUUAAGUGUUACGGAAUCACUUAA